CGGCGCGCGGGGAGGCGGGUCCGCGUGAUUGGCUGCUGCCCCGCACGCUCGAGCCGGGCUCCGCGGACGCUGGGGGAGUGAUGCUGCGGCCGUUGCUCUUGCUCUUUGUCCCGCUGCUCGCCGGCAGUGCGGCAGCGGAGGAGGAGGGGGCGAGGCUGCCAACUGAGUGCGAAGUGUGCAAGUUUCUGACACUGGAGCUGCAGUCUGCUCUGGACAAGACGAAACAUUCCAAGGAGGUGUGGGAGCUCGGAGAAGUGCUGGACAAUGGGAAACGCAAGCGAAAGAUCAAGUACAACAUGUCGGAGACCCGGCUAGCUGAUGCCAUGGAUAACAUCUGUGAGAGGAUUCUGCAAUACAACGUACAUGCCGAGCGACCCGGGAGCUUGCGCUACGCAAAGGGUACCAGUGAGACAAUGAUGACCCUGAAGAAUCUGGUGAACAAAGGAGUCAAGGUGGAGCUGGGACUCCCGUUCGAGAUGUGGGAUGAGCCCUCAGCUGAGGUGACGGAUCUGAAAAAGCAGUGUGAGAAGAUGCUGGAGCAGUACGAGGAGGUCGUGGAGGAUUGGUACUUCCACCACCAGGACCUGGAUCUGGAGAGGUUUCUCUGCAUGUCCCACGUGCUAGAGACAAACAACCAAGAGUGCCUGACCGAAGUGUGGAAGGGCCGCAAGGGCGGCGCAGCCAAGAGCCAGGAGGAGGAGGAGCGGGGACCACAGGCAGACGGCAAACCCGGAGAAAGAGACAGGUCGGAGGGUGACAAGACCCAUCAGGAAGCCCAGCAUCAUGACGCUGCUGAACUCUGACCUCACGCAGUGUUGCUAAUCCCUCCCGGACCCCACCUGCAAUUGGGAAAAGUGUGCCUGUGCCAAACUGGACUACGGUAAUCGGAAGGGCUAUCAGUUUUAUACUCGGCAGUCUCCAGUAUCUAUUAUUCCGAGGGUGUGGAAGCAAGGCAUGGCUUUGAACCCUGACUCUCGGGCCUACAGAAGGUCAGGUAUUGUUCUGUCUCUUUAUAAGUCACACCAGGGCACUGGUCUUGAACGGAUCAGAUUCUAAACUUGCUACAUAACCCAUCUUUCUAAUUCUUAAACACGAUGCACGCUCCUUUUUUUAUGGGGGACCCAGUCCUUUCCUCCUCCCUGGUAAUACAGGUUAGGUGUGGAGUUUGAGAAGCUGCUAAAGGUGCUAUAGCGUCCAUUUUAAUUCUGGCAGCUUGGUUUUCCUCACGCUCCCAGGUUGCUGGGUGUAUCGAUCCGCGAGGAGACCUGUACCAAAUUCCCUCCUGGUUUCCUGCUGCUCCCCCAGACUGGGCAGAGCCUCCGUUCUGUGACGUGGGCAGGCUCUGAGACCAACUGUACUGUCGGACCAAACUGUUAAACCUCCCGCUGCUGGCCUUCACAAAAAUCAGACAGCCUCUGGGAGCAGAAAGCCAAGUCCGCGUUUGGAGUCCGGUGACUCCACCCCAGAAUUUGUCGUGUCUCUGUCUCGUCACACUCUGCCAGCGACUUCAGAGUUAUCGUGUCAGUGAUUGUCCCAGACACAAUGCACCUCUGGCAUCGCACGCCAACCUGUCCUAUCUCUGCAGCUCCGUCUCUCUUGUCACCUGACGGCCUUCCUCACACUGAGGUGAGCGACCGUCUCCCCAGGGCUGGUACCCAUGGAUGGAUUUCACUAGAAACACGCUCCCUCCCACCCCAGGAGCUGCCCAUCACCCGAUCUUCCUGCUACACAUGCAGAGAAACGUCAGUGUCUGCCUCUCCUCUUCAGAGUACACCCAGAACGGCCUGGUGGCUCAGUGGUUAGCACUGCUGCCUCACGGCAUCAGGCACACGGGUUCAGUUUCACUGUCAGGCAACUGUGUGGAGUUUGCACAUUCUCCCUCAACCCGUUCCAGUUGCUGAACACUAACAAGAGGUCAGUCCUUAUACCCUGUUCUCAAUUGAACUCCGAAUUAGCAGCAAGCACGCCCCCUCACUUGGGAAUGGGGUGAAGAGGAGCUGCUGUCGACGGAACUUGCGACUUAACCUCUUUUCACCGAUUCUUGCAUGGGUGUGGUUGGAAAGGCCAGUAUCUGUUGCUGUCCCUCAUUUCUAUGUCGCUGUGUGUCUGGAGUCAUCGUCCCGAGACUCACUUUCAAAUCUUGAAAGGGAAUUGUGAGGGAAGAGAGGUUGGGCUGGUUGGAUUUGAACCUGAGAGGGAGUCCUCAACAAGUGUGCAGCUCAGUGGUUCAGUGGUUAGUACUGCUGCCUCAUAGCACCAGGGGCCAGGUUCGAUUUCUGACUGUGUGGAGUUUGCACGUUCUCCCCGUGUCUGCGUGGGUUUCCUCUGGAUGCUCCGGUUUCCUCCCACGGUCCAAAGAUGUGCAGGUUAGGUGAACUGGCCACGCUAAAUUGUCCCAUAGUGCCCAGGGAUGUGCAGGUUAGGGUGGAUUGGCCGUGCUACAUUGUCCCAUAGUGCCCAGGGAUGUGCAGGUUAGGGUGGAUUGGCCACGCUAAAUUGUCCCAUAGUGCCCAGGGAUGUGCAGGUUAGGGUGGAUUGGCCGUGCUAAAUUAUCCCAUAGUGCCCAGAGAUGUGCAGCUGAGGGUGGAUUGGCCGUGCUAAAUUAUCCCAUAGUGCCCAGAGAUGUGCAGGUUAGGGUGGAUUGGCCGUGCUAAAUUGUCCCAUAGUGCCCAGGGAUUUAGACUUAGACUUAGACUUACAGUGUGGAAACAGGCCCUUCGGCCCAACAAGUCCACACCGACCCGCCGAAGCGCAACCCACCCAUACCCCUACAUUUACCCCUUACCUAUCACUACGGGCAAUUUAGCUUGGCCAAUUCACCUGACCCGCACAUCUUUGGACU